GUUAGUUAGACAGUAACUAUUAACCACCUACCCUGUAGAGACUCGGGAAUCGAUUAGAUCAACAUUGCACAUUGAACCGCAUACUGAACCACAUACUGCAUACCUACUUGCUUGUAUAGGCUUGGGACCUUGAUAAAGCAAAGCAGCCUGGCAUCGUCACUCAUAAUUAAAUUAUCAUCAAUUAGAGGAUAAAUCUUGGAAUUUCCACCUUAGAAACAAUUGAACUCGAACUCCAUGCUCAGCCAACUACCUGUCUACCUACCUACAUAGUACUACCUAUUACCUUCUACCUACUACCUAUCCAAGAAUUCUACACAACCCGACAUAUAAUAUCUGCUCGUACUUGAAACCCUAUCACGAGAGCUAAUCCUCGACGCCUUCGAUGCCCUACUGCGUAAACUGCAGCCUAGACCCCAGCAGGGUGCUAGCAAGUCCAGCCUGUAUAAUAUGAAGAAAGCACGACUCUCUUUCUAUUUUCAGUCUUAAGUCUCUUACUUUGCCGCCUUCAUCAUGUCUCAGCGGCCAGGUCGGUACCGAUCGUCUACCUCUGCGUCUACGCCGCUACCAACAUCCAAGGCUACCGAAGUCCUUCAGACCCUCCUUGACUCCGUAUCAUCCACACUCUCCAACUCUACCUCCCCGAUUCACGGCUACCCAGAAUUCGAUAUAUUACUUGGCCAGCUUCGCCGCGUCCAGCAGCAUCUCUCUGCAACCUCCCCGCCAAGUUCAGUUCAAGAUGAUUUCAGGCAUCUUCGCGGCUUUCACAGGUUGUUCGAUGUACUGCGAUCCUUCUCCGGCUUCUACAAUCUCCAAAAACGCCACGAAAACGAGAAGAAAAGCUUCUUCGACCUUCUCAAUACCGUGUUUAGUGUCUUGGCUGCGGCCUUCCGUGGCCAUCCCGGUAACCGACGCUAUUUUCGCACGCGAGUCGAAGGCGGUGGAUGGGAUGCUUUGGAGCAAAUAAUAGCGAGUAUUGGCCUCGGUGGGAGCGAUUCGGAUCUUUGGUCAAGUUGCCAGCUCUUUGGAAAGCUUUUUGCCCUGUCCUUGAAUGAUGCCGCGGUGGACAAACUAUGUUGCUCUGCCGUAUCAGAGGAUACAACGCCGUGGGUACUUGUAGCACCAACAGAGUCUGGAGUGGGAGAAGAUGGUACCAAGAGCGAAGAUCAGGAAAUCCCUCGGUUUGGCGUACAGAUCACAACAAUCGAGGCGACGAUUAACAAAACUAUAAACACGAAGUCGAUUUUACAAAAUCCCGAAGUCAUUCGGACGAUUGUGGACUUCUGGGAAUCUUUACCGCGAGACAAGAAGGCCACAGAAAACACGGCAUCCUUACUGGUUCUCAAAGUGUUAUCGUCGAUUAUUGGGGCAUCAAAUAUUAAUUUGUGUCUAGUUCACGAGACAGGUGUUUUGUCUCGGUUCCUAAAGUUUGGUUUCAACGAGGACUCGCCAUUGAACGAAACCGAACGAGAAACAGUCUUGAGUCUGUGUCGAUCUCUUGUGCCCUUUGGCCUAAACCGACUUGUUGAUGCACAGGAACUUCUGCUGAAUCCUUCUCUAAGCUCAUCAGAUUUCUGCUUGGAAGUGAUGCAAAAAUAUAGUGGUCCUUCAUUCAUACAGUUCGAUCUUUCUCAACAUGGACACUCUUCUAUUGAACUACCCAGUCUAGGUCGCCAGUUUCCUCCCCAGUCCUCUGCUGGUUAUACAUUUUCUGCAUGGGUCCGAAUCGAUAAGUUCGACCCAAAGUCGCAUACUACCAUCUUCGGUGCCUUUGACUCUACCCAAACUUGUUUCCUCCUUGCAUACCUUGAAAAAGAUACUCGCAAUUUCAUAUUGCAGACAUCAGUUACUUCACCUCGGCCGAGUGUUAGAUUUAGAACCUUUACAUUCCAGGAGGGCGUAUGGUAUCAUAUUGCUAUCGUCCAUCGACGGCCAAAGACAUUGACUACUAGCAAAGCGUCAUUGCAUGUGAAUGGUGAAUUCGUUGAGCAAAUCAAAGCCUCCUACCCUUCUACUCCGCCAUUAUCAAAUGGCAGUGUGGAAAGCUUCGCAUCCUUUACCUCGGCAAGUACCAAGACCAUGCCAGUCCAGGCAUUUUUAGGAACACCACGAGAGUUAUCAUCUCAUCUAGGUGCUGGAUUGAUAAACUCCAAGUGGUCACUUGGAAUGGCCCAUCUUUUUGAUGAUGUGUUAAGCGAGGAUUUUCUCUCAGUACCUAGCCGACUAGGAGCUCAUUAUCAAGGGAAUUUUCAAGACUGCCUCGGCGGGUUUCAAACCUACGCAGCAUCUGCCGCCCUGGGUCUCCGUAACGACCUUGUCAGCACUGCGAAGGAUGUUUCUGAUAUUAUGAAAGUCAUUAGGGAUAAGGCCAGCCAUGUGGUGCCAGAACAAAAGAUUCUUCUUAGUGUGAUGCCGUCCUCGAUUUUUCGUGAAAAGGAGCAUUUUGGGGAGUCGCAGCUGUUCCGUGCCUUAUCUCGUGGGCCUGCUCAUACUCUUGUGCAAAUGGUGCUCAAAAAUGGCACCGGUAUAGCAAUUAACACAGCGUUACCUUCGAUUAAUGACGCCUUGGUGCGUUCGAAUGGGGUGGCAGUAUUGACUGGGAGCCCGAUCGUCGCGAUGCCCCAAUUCUUCGAUGAUGCUCUCUGGCAACUUGCAGGCUUCACGCCGCUUGCAUUGAAGCUGAUCGAACGAGCCUCUUCGUCUGAGAUGCUAAUUCAAGCCGUUGACUUGGUGUUCCGAUGCAUUAAUUCUAGCUGGCGAAACAGCGAGGCUAUGGAGAAGGAUGGGGGAUACGCUAUACUGGGAAUCUUACUGAAGGCCAAACUCGGUUUUGGCGGAUCUGCGGGUGAAGCUUUGACUGAGAAGUUGACAUUUCAAAAUAACGAAAAGGACAGCCUAUGCAUUCAACUUCUAAGCCUCGUACUUGGCUUUGUCGGGUACAAGCACCUGGAUCCUCUUGAAUCGGUUAUUAUAAACCCUUUAGCAUAUCGCAUUUUACUUGUCGACUUCGAUGGUUGGAGGAAAUGCGGCCCGCUCGUCCAAGAGUUGUAUUACAAGCAAUUCGUGAGCUUUGCAGUUAUGAGCAAAUAUCACCAAUACAAUAACCGCAGGUUACUUCGAAUGCGAAUUGUGAAGAGGCUCCUCGACGCCGUAAAGUCCGAGCCUGUCCCAGAGAACGUAGUUCCAUUUUUCAUAAGCGCUAUCAAGAGUCUCGUCAAAUGCAAUUACAAUACAGAAGUGCACCAGUCACUGGCUCUGUUUAUCACCUAUGCUUUUCACCCAUCAUCCAGGUCACGGCCACGCACACCAAGGCCUGCUAGUCGUCGGGCCUCGAGUAGCGUUUCGACACGACCAUUAGUUAUUGUAAACGGAGCCGGCAAAAACGAUGGACGGUUACUCACAAGAAAGGAAGUCGGUACCCGCCUUUUAGAUAUGUAUAGCCAACUUCUAUGCGAAAAGGGGAGUCUGGCUAUGAUUCGCAAGUUUGCCAAAACUGUGACAAAUAAGUGGCUUUUGUAUCUUCUCACAGAAAACGAUCCGGAAAUUGUAGUGUACGGCUGUAAAAUACUUGCCAGGCUUCUAGUCACCCAUGGCUCAGCCUACGUUAGCAAAUUCUCGGGGAAGACUGGAGGAUUUUGUAUUAUGGCACAUCGUCUAAAGCGAUGGUGGGAUAUCCCUACUCUAUGGCCCAUCUGCUUCAGUAUCCUUUUCGGUUAUGACGUUGCGGAAAUCGACUUCGAGAAGAACUUCGACUUUUUCAGCUUGCUCGAGACGUUUGGAAAGUGCAAGAUUGCGAAUCCGGAUGCGUUGUUGAUUAUUACCGCUAUGACUCAGCAUGGCCUGAAAGAUAUUCUCAAGACCCAGGAGGACCCAGCUUCGCCUUUAGGUGAUUUGCAUCCGGCAGGAGUUGCCGCAACUGGUCGCGAAACGCCCAGUACAAGACCACGAGCACGAUCAAUGUCUCUCCAGAAAGAAUUAGAGUCACGGCAGACAAAUCAACCACCAGUUGAACGCAAUGCUUGCAAUGCGGCCGUGCUUCAAACCGUUAUUCGAUUUAUGACAGACCUCCAUGCUCGGUCAGCAGAUUUUCGAGAUUUUGCGUUGUCCUCUGAUUAUGUAAGGCUGCUUCUGUCUGCCCUCUAUCCUGCGAUCGUAAGCGCAGAUCCAGUCAAUCCUGAGACAGAACUCAACUCCAGGGACUCUACACUCACGUUCGAUGGUGGCGAUGUCUUCAUUCGUCCAGUUGGUGGAAGUUUGAGCGCUGCCCCAGUUGUCAGAACGUCCAGCGCAACCGACACAUCACUACCAGCUCGCACAACUCCUCGCCGAGGAACGCAAUUACGAAAGGCUUCAUCUUUCAUUCUUCUAACAUCUCAGAACUCGAACCAAUUAAGCCCAAUACGCCUCGUUCAUGUGGUGUCCCCAAAAAAAAGGGUUGCUGAUCACAACCUCGGUCAUGGACUGGUAGAGGGCGUCCUUGAACUCAUUAUCAACGUAUUUAUUGACCAACUGUUGGUUCGCAAAGAAUUUCCUGGCUUCGGAUUGUUUCUUAAGGUGCCUCCCGGCUUCCAGGAACACCAGGCGUAUUUUGAGUCAUAUGUGUUAAAGAGCACUAUCGUUCACUUAUCAACCACGAUCAAACUGGACUGGAAAAGCCUGAACGAGCCAAAGGUCCUGACUAAUAUGGCCAGAUUUAGCAUACACAUGGUUGAAGCAAUUUUCGAGGGGUGGUUUAUGAAUGGUACUGAAUCAAUGUUAGAUUUUGCCGGUCUUCUGUUGGAACAUCUCCAAAAGCCAGAAGUAGCGAAAAUAAAAACUGUAAGGCUUUGCAGUCAAGCAGUCACUACCAUCCGAAGCUCGUUCAUCAAACUUGUCCUCUUGAGACUUUCAGAGAUUGAUGACCCCCAGACUACCGAGAUGGAAGCGAACUUUUCCAUGGAAAAGAUACUAUACUGGCAGAUGGUCGUACUGCAGUCUUUGUCACCCGAUGAUGAUUAUAUGAAACUCUUUUGGUAUCAACUUUACACCAAACUUGUCGACACAAGACGAGCUGUAAGACUAGCUGCUGUGAAUAUCUGGCGUAUCAUGCUAGUUCAAAAGCCUGAGGAUUGCGCGUCGUUAUUUCGACUUUUCAUGACCUCAGAUCAAGUUGAGCUUGCAGCAGACUUCCAGAAAUUAACCGCGCUUGAUACGGAUGCCUUCAUUGUAUGGGUUGACCAAAAUAGGCCUUCAUUGGACGUAUUGUUCUGGGGCGGGAUAUCCCGAGCUUGGGAAGAGUUCGCUGCCGAAGAAAACCAGCGUACUACAGACACAGCUAAAUCACGACUGACAAAGCGGAAAGAAACCCUGAGGUCAUGGCAUAUGGAGAUAGCCGAACGAGAGAAUAUUCUUUUGCGUCAUGACAUGGCUAAUUCUGCUUGGCAAAAGUCUAUAUAUGCUUCAGAACACUUCAAACACCAACGGCUUAUGCAAGAUCAGCAAGACGACGUUAUUUAUUAUUCAUACACAUUUUCCAAGAUGCAGAAGGACCUCGACAGGCCUGGAGCGGUCCUAUACGAACCGAGGCCAACAAAGUGGAAAUUGGACAGGACCGAGGGUCGUAAUCGCAUGCGCCUACGACUUCUACCAGACCUUACUACCGACCACGACAAAUACCAGCCAAAACGCCGAACAGUGGACCCGCCACCGGCCGCUACCUCCAAGACAGAAACAAUUGUCAGCCCUGCUGCAGUCGCCGCGUCAAUAAAACCUACAUCAUCAUCCUUACCCCAGGGGAAGAUAAGUGGCAGCGAUGAGGUCGGUGAGGAUGACUCCAAUGGCACUAAUAUACAAACGGAUACUAAGCAGCAAUCCGUCAUUCCUGAGGAUGACUUUGAGUUGAUUGAGGAUCCUAAUGAUCCAAAUGAAGCCGAUGACGGAUUUGAGGACAAGAAUCGAAGAGUGAUGAGACGUUUGCAACAGGGGGAUACUGUCCAACAAGUCUACAACGUCUCCCGCGUUAUUGGACUUGAGGCCUUUGAGGGUAUUCUUCUAGUUGGAAAGAAUGCUCUCUAUAUAAUGGACAGUUUCUUUCAGUGUGCGGAUGGAGAAAUCGUGAACGUAUGGGAAGCGCCAGCGGAAGAACGUGAUCCUUUCUCUCAAAUCAUUACUGGUGCAAAAUCCAACGAGACUCGUCAGACCAUAAGCCGCGGAGCUCAAGACUCCCGUAGUUGGAAGUGGCAAGAUGUUAUCAGCAUAUCGAAACGCCGAUUCUUAUUCCGAGAUGUGGCGAUCGAAAUCUUUUUCACCGACGGCCGCAGCUAUCUCCUAACUGCUAGGAAUUCGGUAAUGAGGGAUGAGGUGUUUGCGAAGCUUGCUCACAAGACUCCCCAUACCGCAGGUGCAAACUCGUUGCCAAACCCCGAAGACGCGUGGCGUCUAGAGUCGCUCAAGGUUUUCGAAGAAUCUCCCCAAACCUUUGGAUCUAAAUUUGGAAGCAUCUUUAACACUUCGCCCUGGAACCCAUUUAUGCGCCGAUGGCAACGAGGCGAGAUUUCCAACUUUCACUAUCUGAUGUUGGUCAACACCAUGGCAGGCCGAACGUUUAACGACCUUACACAAUACCCAGUGUUUCCAUGGGUCCUGGCAGAUUAUACGAGCGAUGAGUUGGAUCUAAAUAACCCGGCUAGCUUUCGCGAUCUGUCGAAGCCUAUGGGCGCGCAAACCGCGCGGCGUCAGCUUGACUAUCAGUCGAGAUACACCAGCUUGGCGGAGAUUGGGGAAACGCCAUUUCACUACGGCACGCAUUACUCGUCUGCUAUGAUCGUUGCAUCGUACCUAAUUCGACUACCUCCCUUUGUGCAAUCUUUUAUCCUUUUACAAGGCGGUUCUUUUGACCAUGCGGAUCGGCUUUUCUUCUCGAUUGAAGGGUCGUGGAAGUCUGCCUCGCAGGAUAACGGAUCCGAUGUACGAGAAUUGACACCCGAAUUCUUCUACCUCCCAGACUUUUUAACAAAUGUCAACGGGUAUAACUUUGGUGAUCGUCAAGGCUCAGGGGGGAGAGUCAACAACGUCGAAUUACCUCCAUGGGCGAAAGGAGACCCGAAGAUAUUUGUCGCAAAACAUCGCGAGGCACUGGAAAGCCCAUAUGUUAGCCAGCACCUUCAUCUCUGGAUCGACUUAAUCUUUGGACACAAACAGCGUGGCGAAGCUGCCGUGGAGAAUCUGAACGUGUUCCAUUACCUCUCGUACUACGGUGCGAAAGAUCUAGACAAUAUCACAGACUCCGAUGAGCGACACGCCACUACAAGUAUCAUCCACAACUUCGGGCAAACACCACAUCAAGUUUUCACCAAACCUCACCCCUCCCGCGAAAGUGUUUCAUUUCCAGUGAAGCGGCUAGACACUGCUAGCCAUGCUCUCGCAAGGAUACCACAUCCUCUUCUAGAAAGUCGUGAACGAGUAGCAUCGUUGAUCUAUUCACCUAAAUUAGAUCGUCUCCUUUGUUCAUCUCCGUUCCGUCUCAAUCUUCCGCCCUUCUUUGACAAGUAUCUUGAAUGGGGUUAUGCAGAUAAUAGUCUUCGUUUCUAUUACACCGAGAACCGUAAGAGCGCCGGUGUGAGCGAGAACUUACACAUCGGCCAACUAUCCUGUGUCGUCGUGGCGGAUUCCAAAACGCUAAUCACUGCCGGGGAAGACUGCGUAGUGUCUGUGUAUACGAUACAAACUGCCACAGGGAAACCCGCAGAGCUGGUGCAUCGGUCCUCACUUUUCGGACAUAAGACACCGGUGACGACGAUAUCUGUGUCUAAGGCUUUCAGUACCCUAGUUACGGUGUCCGGAGAUGGGCACGCAUUCCUCUGGGAUCUGAACCGUCUCGAAUUUGUGCGAAAGCUGCCAUGUACCCGGGCUGUCGAGUGUGCUCGCAUCAAUGAUGUGUCUGGGGAGAUUUUGUUGUGUUCAGGCCCCAAUGCGGCACUAUACACGAUCAACGGCGACUUGAUACUGGACCAGAACGUGUGCUCGGAACACGAUGACUACGUGUAUUCAUGUUCCUUUUACGAAGGCUCAGGCAACGAGUGGCUAGAGAACUACCUCAUCUUCACGGGUCAUAGAAGGGGUAGAGUGAACAUCUGGAAACGCGUGGUCAGAGGUGGCAGAUGGGCGCUGGAGCUUGUGCGACGACUAGAUCACAUCGAUACGCGCAGUGAGACGGGGACCAACACGGAGGCGGCCAUCACGUGUAUCACGCCAAUGCUGCAGCUGGUAUAUACAGGGGAUGACGAUGGGAGGGUUUACGAGUGGAGCUUGAUUCAACGGGAGAGAUAGAGUCUGUCCCACGGAGGACGGUCUUCCACAACGCUCUGGAAAUCACGGUCUAUGAGCAUGUAUGCAUAGAAGGGCGUUUGCUUGUGUGGUUUGGAUCUUUCAGAUGCGAUCCCUGUUCGAUUUCAUCAUGGCAUACACGGAUGAAUGGGGGUCCUUUACCACUCCAGCAUUGCUUUUCGCGUUUCUACGAUUGAGUUAGGUAUUCUGAUGGUUUUGCUCUGGGAUUAGAUGGCAACUCCAAGUGCCUACGAUGUGACAAAUGAGCAAAUGGCGGGGGUGUUGAUUCGUACAAAUCACACCUGAAAAUGACUUGAUUGAGAAGUAAGAAGCAAUAAUCAAAUGAAAUGAGUGAUGAGCAAUGCACUCCCUCGAAUCGAAG